GCGUAUGCAAUUUGGAAAACCACAAACCAUCACAACCAAGAAGAACAGCAGCGAGCACCUGACAAGCAUCAUACUCAUCCUUCACGCCGAGUCAAUCACCCGACAAUGGAACAACAAACAAAUCGACCACAUCGACCACCAAAGAAAGAGAAAACUAAGCACGAAAAGGGCAAAAAUCCCAAGGCCUUCGCCCCCCAAUCAGGACGAAAAGCGGAGAAACAGGCCCGAAGGAACGUCGAAAAGGAUCAAGCUAAGCUCCAUGUACCUCUACCGGACCGAACCUUUGGUGUCAGACCAACAGCUAAACAAGAGCCAAGCCAGGGCUCUAGCAAAGAUUCCGCCAACCAGGACAAUGGACCCCCUCCUGUGAUUGUAGCUGUGAUGGGCCCACCCGGUGUAGGAAAGACCACCCUGAUCCGAUCACUUGUCCGAAGAUACACCAAAAACACCCUACCAGAAAUCAAAGGGCCUGUAACAGUUGUUGCCGGAAAGGCAAGAAGGCUUUCAUUUGUGGAAUGUCCUAAUGACCUGGGUGCGAUGGUCGAUCUCGCCAAAGUUGCAGACUUGGUCCUCCUCAUGAUUGAUGGAAGUUUUGGCUUUGAAAUGGAAACAUUUGAGGCGUUAUCUGCCCUAUCCUCCCAUGGACUACCCAAGCUGAUGGCCGUAUUGACUCAUUUGGAUCUCAUCAAAACGCCCGCAGCCUUGAAAGACCAAAAGAAACGACUAAAACAUCGAUUUUGGACCGAGGUAUAUGAUGGAGCGAAGAUGUUUUACCUCAGCGGAGUUCGAAAUGGGAGGUAUCCCGACAGAGAGAUUAUCAAUCUAACGAGAUUCAUCAGUGUCGUCAAAUUCCGCCCCCUGAUUUUUCGAAAUAGCCAUCCUUACAUGCUGGCGGACCGAUUCGAGGACCUUACGCCACGUGAAACCGUACGACUAACGCCAUCUUGUGACCGCACGGUUGCUGUCUGGGGUUACUUGCGAGGCAUACCUCUUAGACCGCCUUCAGACCAUGUCACUCCAAAAGUACAUGUGCCAGGAUCAGGAGUCGAUUCAUUCUGUAUUACUAAAAUGACGGGGCUGGAUGAUCCGUGCCCACUACCGACCGCGGAAAGCGAAAAACGCCGCAAGAUCGCCGAGAAGCACAAACUUGUGCACGCCCCCAUGAGUGGUGGUGCUGGUGGUGCCGUGGUUUUCGAUGGCGAUACGGUAUGGGUCAACACCACAAAUCAUUUUUCCUCCAAUAAGCAAAAGUCAGAAGACUCAGAAUUCUCAGAUGAAGAAAGUGAAGAUGAAGACCUUGCAGGCGAUGGAAUAAAAAUGGUCGUUGACCUACAGCAAGUCAAAUCAAGUCUUGGCGACAAUGUGAAAUCUAGCAAGAUCCGACUUUUGGACGAUUCGAAAAAGCCCCUCAAAACUUUGGGUUCUAUCGAAGAUUGCUCUGAUGCUGCUGAUUCAUGCGACUCUAGCUCACAUGCAAGUGAUGGCGAUGAUUCAGAUUUUGAAGGUCUUGAUGAUGAUGAUCUUGAUGCGCAUCCCGUAGCUGAAUCCUCAAGGUCAAACCAAGAGGUUCGGAGACGCGCUGGCAGUUGGAAAACUACACAGACGGGAGAGCAAGAUGUUGCGUAUGCUGACAGCGACUCUGAUCUUGGUUUGGGCUCGGAAGGCAGUAUAUCUGGAUCUGAGCACGAAUCAGAUGUUGACUUAUCCGACGAAGAACGGUUUGAAGACGACUAUGAGGAAGAAGACGACGAUGGUGAAGAUCAAGAAGCCCCGAAAUGGAAGCAGAACCUUGCUCAAACUGCCACUCGCCUAGCAGCAUCUAAACACUCUCGGUGUGAUCCGAUGAAAUUGAUCUAUGAUAAUCGCCUUGAACCAGCUGAAGUUUGUUCUCGACUAAGAGGCGAAGCCCCUCGCGAUUUACCCAAGGUGGAUGAUUCCGACGAAAAUGAAUUGUUUGAACUUGCGAGUCGCCCCUCAGGUGCAGAAGAUGGCAGCCGACGGGCUGAUCUUUACCAAUUUUAUCGGCCAACCGAGUCUAACGAGCUAGAGGUAUGGAGCGAAGAAAAAUGUCUACAGUCCAUCCGGCAUCUAUUCAUCACCGGUGAUAUUGAGAACAAGGAUGCAGAAGUCGCAUAUCAGUACGAAAGCGAGGGCGGUGAUUUUGAAGACCUUGAAACUGGAGAGAAAGUCACAGGAAGCACUCCCUCUCAAGCCGCACCUGCUUCGAAAGAUAUCAAGACCGAACUCCUCGCCAAGAAAGAAGCGCUGAAGCGACAAUUUGAUCGAGAGUACGACGGAUCAUCCGAUGAAGAAGGGAAAAAAGACUUUUACACCGAGCAGAAGGAAGAAAUCGCGCGAAGGAUGGAGCAGACGAUGAAAGAGUUUGAAGAUGAUGACCCACAGACUCGAAUCGCCGUUGAAGGAUAUAGACCAGGAGCUUAUGUUCGCAUCGAGAUAACCGGUGUACCGCCUGAAUUGGUGAACAACUUCGAUCCCACUUUCCCCUUCUUACUGGGUGGUCUAUUGCCUGGGGAAGACAGUCUUGGGUUUGUUCAAGUACGACUGAAGAAACAUCGAUGGUAUCCUAAGGUCCUGAAGACGAACGAUCCACUGAUCCUUUCUGUAGGAUGGCGCCGUUUCCAAACUGUUCCAAUCUACUCACUUGAUGAUGGCACGAGGAAUCGAAUGCUCAAGUAUACACCUGAGCACACCCAUUGCUUAGCCACCUUUUACGGCCCCGUAUCCAGCCCUAACACUGGCCUCUGCGCUUUCAGUCGCAUGGGUAGCGGCUCUACCAACUUUCGGAUUUCAGCAACCGGAGUGGUCCUGGACGUGGAUGGUAGCAGUCGAAUAGUGAAAAAACUGAAGCUGACUGGUGUCCCUUACAAGAUCUUUAAGAAUACCGCCUUUGUCAAAGGAAUGUUCACAAGUGCUCUCGAAGUAACCAAGUUUGAAGGCGCACAAAUCCGCACAGUUUCUGGAAUCAGAGGGCAAGUGAAGAAGGCUCUUCCCAAACCCGAGGGUACUUACAGAGCGACGUUCGAGGAUAAAGUUCUGAUGAGCGAUAUAAUAUUCUUGAGGGCUUGGUACAAUGUAAAACCAAGGAUGUUCUACACGCCAGUGGCUUCUUUACUCUUACCAAACAAAACAAGAUGGCAAGGUAUGCGUUUGACGGGUGAAGUCAGACGAGAUCAACAGUUGAAAACACCGGUGGAUGUCAAUUCUCAAUACCGACCGAUUGUAAGGGAGGCAAGGCGAUUCAAUCCACUCAAAAUCCCCAAAAAAUUGCAAAGCUCUUUGCCCUUUGCAUCCAAACCCAAAUAUCAAAAGCCUCAAUCGAAACCGACUUACCUACAACAAAGGACUGUGCUUCUACAGCCUGAAGAGCGUAAAACUUUGGGUGCUCUGCAACAGGCACAGGCUGUCACUAAAGUCAGGAUUGAAAAACGGAAAGAAACUAAGGCUAAAAAGAACGCCGAAAGGAUCAAGAAAAUCGAACGUUCGCAUGAAGCUGGAGGUCGUUCUGAACGUGAAAAGGAAACUAGGAAAGAAUUCUUUCGGCAGGAUAGUAAGCGAAAGCAAUCUGAUAACAGUGGCAGUCAAGGUGGCAGCGGUAAACAUCGAUCGAAAUCAAAGAGACAGAAAACUAGUUGAUGAGAAGGCUCAACCCUUAUUUAUCCAUCUAAUUUCUAGACUCUGCCAUGAUAAUUAGGCGUCGGAUUUUGUUUCGUUUGUUGUGCUUUGAGGGGGUGUUUUGUUCUCGAAACCUGUAGUCUUGCUUCCAAGAUCCAACUCCAAAAUUGUUUACAUUUAUCCAUGCAGGAGCUAUUCAAACAACUAAAACCACUACCAAACAUUCAAAUAAUUCAAAUCAUCGAAUGAAUAAAUAUAUAUCUUUGUAAUCUUCGUCAAAGUAUUUCAA